UCCCCAGAUGGGACCAUUAGAACGAGUAGCAGUGGCAAGCCGCUCCCGUCAGCACGGAGGGUGCGGACGUCCAUACAGUCCACGGGGCGAGUGGUGGACAAAAUAACAUUCAAUAUGGCGGCCGUCCACCUCGCCGGCUUCCUGGCUAUUGACACCAGCGCCGUUAAUGGAAUAUUGGAUUACAUCAAGGUUCGACAGGACUGCUGUCAGCCGGAAGGCCUGAAGGACCCUCGUUGUAUUCCGAUAGACGUGCCUGAAGAUGAUCCGUACCUGAAAGUGACCAACAUCCGCUGUCUCAACUUCUCAAGAGCUGAAACGUUCCAAGACAUGGGCUGUGCGCCAAAAACGCUGGAUCCCGAGCAAGUUAACCACCAAACGCCAGUGCUAGACUUAUCAGGAGUAUACGGGAUAACCGAAGAGGCUCUAUCAAGCGUCCGUGAAGGUAGAGACGGUUUGCUCAAGAUGGAAGUCAGAAAUGGCAGAUACGUACCUCUGGGCGACGCCGGACAAGACACGUGCUUCCGCAACCAGGGGAAUGAGACCACUUGCUACAGGUUUGGUAACCCAACAAUCGGCAACUUCGACCUCCGUCUGGCCACGUUCACGAUCUUCUUCAUGCGCGAGCACAACCGCAUAGCGAAGACCCUGAAGAAGAUCAACCCGUGCUGGAAGGACGACCGGCUGUUCAAGGUGGCGCGACAGAUCAACGUGGCCACCGCCGCCAACCUGUUCAUGUAUGAAGUGCUGCCUAUUAUCAUGGGCUACAAGCACAUGGUGAACUACGGGCUGCUGAGCCCGCGAGUGGAGCACAUCACUGCCUACGACGAGGAUGCGGUGCCGCUGCUGUACGCCGAGUACGUCAUCGCCGCCAGAUACUUCCACACCUUCAUCGAUGGACGCAUCAAAAUGUACGAUGAGAAAUAUCACUAUUCGGGAGACUUGUCCAUUAGCAGCACUCUAUUCCGCUUAGCACUGAUUGAGGAGGGGGACAACUUCAAGGCAAUCAAUAGAGGAACGUUUUACCAACAGAGUGCCAAAAUGGACGAUAUUCAAGACCCAGAGAUUUCCGAGAACUUCUACGGCGGCAUCCAGCGGGCGCACGACCUGCCGGCCAUGGACAUCCAGCGCGGGCGGGACCUGGGGCUCCGCGGGUACAACGACUACCGGCAGCUGUGCGGCAUGAAGCAGGCUGCCAGCUUUGAGGACUUCCGCGAUGUCAUGGAUGUUGAGAAAGUGGACGCCCUAAAGAACCUGUACGAGAAUGUGUCGGACGUGGACCUGAUGGCGGGCAUCAUGAGCGAGAGCUUCAUCCGGGACACCUUCGUGGGCCCGACGCUCUUCUGCAUCAUGGCCAAGCAGCUGAGGCUCAUGAGGUUUGCGGACCGGUUCUGGUUCGAGCGCGGUGGCCAGCCUCACAGCUUGACGCUGGAUCAACUAGCGGAGAUUCGCAAGACGAACACGGCUCGGCUCGCGUGCGACAACGCCGAGGGGAUCAAGUACAUGCAGCCACAUGCUCUACUGAACGUGGGUCCUGGCAAUGAGCCAGUCCCGUGCACGCACGUCGCCGGGCCGGACCUGACAAAAUGGCGGGAUGACAGCUGUCACCGGCAGAAACAAAGCGUCGCCAACAGUAAUCCUUUUGCCUACAGUUUUACGUGAUUUUUCAUGAAAUUCGGUAUUUAUUGUAGACAAAUACGGUUGUAAAUU